GGCCAUUUCAUCAAACAACUUGCGUGCAUAUUUCCCAGAGGCUCAAACGAGAAAAAAGAAGAAUGGCGGAGGAGAAGGGAGUGAAGUUGCUGGAUCUCUGGUCUAGCCCUUUCGGACAACGAUGCAGGAUUGCGUUAGCGGAGAAGGAGGUGGAGUAUGAGUACAAGGAGGAGAAUCUGUCGGAUAAGAGUGAGCUGCUUCUCAAAUCCAACCCGAUCUACAAGAAAAUCCCAGUUCUCAUACACGAUGGCAAACCUGUUUGCGAAUCGCUUAUCAUUGUUCAGUACAUCGAUGAGGUUUGGCCCAGCAAGACGCCCAUCUUGCCUUCUGAUCCGUACGCACGGGCCCAGGCCAGAUUCUGGGCCGACUACGUCGACAAGAAGGUCUAUGAGUGCGGUACCCGGCUGUGGAAACUAAAGGGCGAGGCCUUGCAGGAAGCAAAGGAAGAGUUCAUCCUGAUCUUGAAGACACUGGAAGCCGAGCUCGGCGACAAGAAGUACUUCGGGGGCGAAACCUUCGGGCUAGUCGACAUUGCUCUGGUUCCCUUCACGAGUUGGUUCUAUAGCUACGAGACCUACGCCGGAUUCAGCAUUGAGCAGGAGUGUUCCAAACUGGUGUCCUGGGCGAAGCGUUGCAAGGAGCGAGCGAGCGUGGCCAAAACCCUUUAUGAACCGAAGAAAAUCCAUGAGUUCGUUGGCUAUCUCAGGAAGAAGUAUGGAGCAGAGUAGUGUGAAGUGGGAUUUAUGGUUUCUGACUUUGGUAUAUGAAUUUGAAUUUAGUUACCGUUUGAGUGUGUUUUGUUACUUAUUUGUCUGUUGUUGUGGAUGUCAGCAAUUUUGGUUGCUUUGCAUCCAUCUGUGUCUCUCUUUUGAUGGAGAAGAUUGGCAAUUCAGGUUGCUUUGUAUCCAUUUCUGUUUUGAAGUAAAAGAUAAUUAAGAUUGUUCAA